GCCCCUAUAAAUAGCAUGCUCCUCCUCCCUCAACUAGCACACCAACCACCUCCUCCUAAUCGGAUUGCGUUGCAUAUUUGUCUUCCAUAUCGGCCGGUUAAUUACCUGCUAGCUUGUUCUAUAUAAUAAUUAUAUAAGAUGCAGUACCAAACAGAGUCUUGGAGUUCAUUUCUGCCGACGAGGAGCGUCGACGGCGACCCACUGGGGCGCAUUGAGAAGCUGGCGUCGGAGAACGCGGUGGUGGUAUUCAGCAAAAGCACUUGCUGCAUGUGUCACGCCAUCAAGAGGCUCUUCUGUGGAAUGGGCGUCAACCCCACGGUUUACGAGCUGGACGAGGAUCCCCGAGGCAAGGACCUGGAGAGGGCUCUCAUGAGGCUUCUGGGAAGCUCCUCCGCCGUGCCCGUGGUGUUCGUCGGUGGAAAGCUGGUGGGAGCCAUGGACAGAGUCAUGGCCUCCCAUAUCAACGGUACUCUUGUUCCUCUCCUCAAGGAGGCUGGAGCUCUCUGGCUUUGAUAAUUAACGACUUCGUUUCAUUCAACAUUCAUUCCUCUUUCUAGUUACCAUACAUACUAUAGUUUUUUACAUAGAGAAAGAGAAUGAAAAUGCCAGCCAACUCACUACUACUGCUGCUGAAAGAAAUUUUAGUUAGGAGAAGAAGAGGAAGACGAGUGGGUUUCUCUCUCUCUCUCUCUCUCUCUCUCUCUCUAUGGCCCUGCCAUUUUGGAUAUAGCUAGCUAGUCCCAUCAACUAACACUAACUGAUGUCUAAUUGCCCUUUUCUAGUUAGGAUUUUUCUUCUUUACCUUUUCCCAUUUCCUUAGUGUUUCUGUAGGCAUGUUGGGUCUCUUUGUUGCUUUGCUCUUUAAUUCUCUUUUUCGUGUAUGGGUCGCAGGGAGAAGCGUGAUAUGCUCCCUCCUCUCCUCUGUACAGAAAGAUUCUGAAAGAAGAAGUUUGCAUCCCUCUUUUACUUAUGAGUUUU